ACCAGCAUUAUCAUUCCCCUCUGUUUCCCUGUCAGAGUUCAAGCUUUUCAAGUUCCAGCAAUUGAAGACCAUCAACUCUCACGUUUUUAUCAAGUCGUCUUCCAUUUCUCAACGCGCCACUCUCUCUCCCUCUCGGUUCUCGCUUCUACAGGUGCAUGCCCCUCGCUCACCGUUGAUCAAUUCGUUUCUCGUCUCCCGACUGGUCUGGGAGGCUUGUUGCCACCUCGAGAUUGAUCUGUGUCUAGUACGGAGUUAACAGAAAUAAAUUACUUUAGAGUCACACUUGACUCAAAGGUUGUUUACUCGUCGUGAUUCUUAUUUAUCAAUCCACAUGGGAUCAGCUACGGAGGAGCAAUUUGCUGCCUUUGAGGAGAAGGUAAAACGGACUGUCUAUGUUGAUAACCUCUCUCCUCAAGUGACUGAGCCUGUCAUGAGAACUGCUUUAGAUCAGUUUGGAACUGUUGUCAGGGUCCAAUUUAUUCCAAACUACAUGGAGCCAUUGAAUAGCUCUCAAUGUGCUUUAGUAGAGAUGAAGGACUUGAAGGAGGCCAAAUCCGUGAUUUCAGUGAUAGCCGAGUUCCCGUUCAUGAUUUCUGGAAUGCCAAGACCGGUGAGGGCACGCCCUGCAGAAGUGGAAAUGUUUGAUGAUCGCCCGAUAAAGCCUGGUAGCAAGAUUAGCUUUUCCUGGCUGGAUCAGAAUGAUCCUGAUUUUCAAGUUGCAAAGAAAAUGAAGCUUUUUACAAGGAAACACGCCGCGGAAACUGCAUUCUUGCUCAAGCAACAGUUGCUAGAAGAGGAGAAGCUGGCAAAGCAGCAACAAGAAGUACUGAAAGGAAACUACAAGAAACAUGAGAUUGUAGAAAGUGUGAUGACUGAUGGAACUGCUCGCAGGUUAGCAAAAUGUUAUGAUAUGAGAGUUUUUGAUGAUUAAUUGAAAACUUUUUCUCACUCCUAACUUCUCUGAACUUGUAAAUUUUUGUACAAAUAUCAUCGCUGUGACUGCUACAGCCCUCUUUUGAGAUUUAGAGGGAGAUGGAUAGUAAGAAUUAAGAAGUAUGCUCCCAAUCAACACUUUUUUGGAUUCCCCUUUUCCAUUUAA